AUGAUUCAACCUCUCCUCUGCAAAAAGCAUCCUUAAAUUAGCAAACUUCUCUCUUCAUUUUCUGUCUAUAAAUAACCAGAAAACUCAAUGCAAGUUCCUCACAUCUAAACCAACAAGAAUUCCUAAACCAAACCCAUUUCGUAUAAUGGCAUAUUACCGUAGAAGCAGCCUUCUUUCGGUGCUUUUCCUUCUUGUAGCCCUUGUCUGUGAAGCUAGAGUCCUUCUUCAAUCGCCAGGAUUUGUUCAAACUCAAAAUACUCAAUUCGUCCUGGAUGGUUCCCGUUUCUUCUUCAAUGGGUUUAACUCAUACUGGAUGAUGAACGUAGCAGCCGACCCAAGCCAAAGGAAUAAGAUAUCUGAGGUGUUUGGCCAGGCUACAGCUUCACGACUCAGUGUCUGUAGGACAUGGGCAUUCAAUGAUGGAGGCAAUCAAGCUCUUCAGAUAUCUCCUGGAGUUUAUGAUGAGCGCGUCUUUCAGGGACUUGAUUUUGUGAUCUCGGAAGCAAAAAGGUAUGGAGUCCGCUUGAUAUUGAGUUUAAGCAACAACUACAAAGAUUUCGGAGGAAGGCCGCAGUAUGUGAAUUGGGCUAAAAGUGCUGGUGCCCCGGUGAACAAGGAUGACGAUUUUUACACUAAUGAAGUCGUCAAAGGCUAUUAUAAGAACCAUGUCAAGAGAGUGCUAACAAGGAUCAAUACAAUCACUAGAGUUGCUUACAAAGAUGACCCAACUAUCAUGGCAUGGGAACUGAUAAAUGAACCACGUUGCCAAGUUGAUUACUCUGGAAAAACCCUGAAUGGAUGGAUUCAAGAAAUGGCAACCUAUGUUAAAUCUAUUGACAACAAACACCUGUUGACAGUAGGCAUGGAAGGAUUCUAUGGAGAUUCAAUGCCAGAAAAGAAGGCAAUAAACCCUGGUUACCAAGUUGGCACCGAUUUUAUUAGCAAUCAUCUUAUUAAGGAAAUUGAUUUCACAACCAUCCAUGCAUAUCCUGAUAUUUGGUUGUCAGGAAAAGAUGAUAGCUCGCAAAUGGCUUUCAUGCAAAGAUGGACAAUGAGCCACUGGACAGACUCAAGGACCAUAAUAAAGAAGCCAAUGGUUUUUUCUGAAUUUGGAAAAUCGAGCAAAGACCCGGGAUAUAGUCUAAGUGCAAGGGAUUCAUUCUUGAAUGCUGUUUAUACCAACAUCUACAACUUUGCAAGAAAUGGAGGAAUUGGUGGAGGCUUGGUUUGGCAACUCAUGGGGGAGGGAAUGCAGUCAUAUGAUGAUGGAUAUGAGAUUGUUUUGUCUCAAACUCCUUCAACAAGUGGCCUCAUUACUCAACAAUCCAAUAAAAUGAUAGCCCUUGAUCGUGUAUAAAUAUUAAAGCGCUUAAUUAAGCAGCAGGCUGAAAGCACUUAGAGAGAGUGUUAGCAAUUUAGUGCUUAUGAACUAGGUUUUUAUAGACACAACCAGAUGUACUUCACCAUUGAUUAUUUAUUCAAGAAUUCGUUUCAAUCAAAUUUAUUGUUGUUUUUAAUAUUAUGUGAUGCUAGCAAGAUACAACUGAUGAGAUCAUGUGGAGAAGUAAUCAAACAG